AUGGUGCGUAAUGUGGAUGACCUGGACUUCUGCCUGUCCUCCCAUCCUCAGAGCAUGCUCGAGGGCUUGCGUUCACUCUGUUCUCACCCCAAACUUGUGGAUGUGACGCUGAGCGCGGGAGGGCGAGAUUUCCCCUGUCACCGUGGCGUACUGGCGCUCUGUAGCAUGUACUUUCGCUGUAUGUUCUCAGGGGACUUUGUAGAGAGCAUUGCAGCACGUGUGGAGCUUCAUGAUGUGGAUCCUGAGAUCCUUAGCUGCUUGCUUGACUUUGCCUACACAGGCAAACUGACUAUCAACCAGAAAAAUGUGGAGGGGUUGAUCUGUACCUCCAGCAAGCUCCAGUUCCAGACAGUGCGAGCCGUGUGCAGCCGAUACCUCCAGCAUCAGAUUGAUGAAACAAACUGCCUGGGAAUCCUGGAGUUUGGGGACAUUCAUGGCUGUCCUGAGGUGGUUGCCAAAGCAUGGGCCUUCCUCCUGGAGAACUUUGAGGCAGUACAACAGGGUGAGGAGUUUCUGUUGCUGGGAAAAGAUAGGCUGAUCUCAUGCCUGUCUGAUGAGAGACUACAAAUCCGGUCAGAGUGCGCUCGUGUGGAGGCCAUCCUGAAAUGGGUUAGGCACCACAGGGAGUCUCGACUCUGCCAUCUCCCUGAGCUCCUUAGCUUGUCCCGUCUCUCUCUGCUCAGCCUGGACUACCUGGCUGACACCCUGCUGAAGGACAGUCUGCUGCAGGCCUCUCCCAGCUGUACAGAGGCUGUGGAAAAGAUUCACAGAGAGAAAAUGGAUUUAGCACCUGAACAUGUGGACAGACUCAACUCCCAGAGCCCACAACCAAACCUAGAAGAAGUUCUCUGUGUCAUGGGAGGUCAUUCAAUGGAUGACUCGGAUGAUGAGGAUGACUCUGAUGAAGACGAGGACAGAGACCCAAGACUGGAAAGACUGCAGCCCAGAAACUGUGCCUUCUACAACACAAAGACCAAACGGUGGCAUGAGCUCCCUAAUUUCCCAAAUCCCAACAAGUGGGGUUACUCUAUGGUCUCUUUGAACAAUGAUGUGUAUGUGUCAGGGGGCUCGCGAGGUUCGAAUACCAACACCUGGUCGACCACAGAGACCUGGAAGUACAUCACAAGAGAGGGGAGAUGGGUUACUGUGGCACCUAUGCUCCGACCUCGGACUAACCACACAUCAGCAACGCUCAACGGGGAGAUUUAUGUCAUUGGAGGUACAACGUCAGACCGAGUUGAGGUUGAGCACUACGACCCUUAUAAUGACACCUGGGCUAUGACUUGCCCCGCCUUAAAGUAUGUGACAAACUUCACCGCCACAGCUUGUCAGGGGAAGCUCUAUGUAAUUGGGUCAUGUGCAGUGAAAUACAAUGCACUGACCAUGCAGUGCUACAACCCUGUCAUAGAUAGCUGGAUCAGCGUAUGUUCACCCUUUAUCCCAAAGUAUUUGUCCUCUCCUCGUUCUGUCUGCGUGGAUGGAACUAUAUAUCUGGUUGCUGACAACACUAAAAAAGUCUAUGCUUAUGAUCCAGAGGCAAAUAUAUGGCAGAAGGUCCAGCUUCUACACAUGCUCCACGAGAAUGGCGGCCUUGUAUCACUUGAUGGGAAGCUCUUUGUUACCGGAGGCCAUUGGAAAGGUAUGGAGGGGGACUAUGGGGUCGAAGUGGAGGUUUACAACCGAGCGUCCAACAUCUGGGAAGUGGAGUCCUCCCUGCCAAGACUUUGGUUCUACAGUGGAGUCUGCACCAUCUUCUUAGACCCAAACCAGUGGCCUGAGCUUGAGUCAACAUAAAGUCCUCCUCAAGGCCAAAGAGUUAAUAGAGAUGUGUUCCUCUCAUACAAAUGCCUACACUGCAAAAGGAAUGCUUAUCCCUGGAUGUCAUUGUGCCUGAGAAUAGCACGUUACAUGACCCUCAGGUAUUCUUGGAUGUUUUUUAGGGCUGUGCUCUACUGCUCAGCAGGUGUUUAUUUAUACUUUGUAUCAUGUGUUUGAGACCUGAAUUUC